CAGCCCAGGAGCCUCCCUCUCGUCCCACACUGAGUCAAGAUGUUCUCCACCUGGAAAAGAUCAAUGUUCCUGUCUUUUCAUGAGGACCCUGUGCCCACCACGGCCUCUUUUAGCACGGAAAUGCUCAACAUCACCUCGCAAGUCCUCCUGCCGGCUCUCAACGGGACGGUGCCCAGCACCUGUGUCUUCUCCGACUGGUGGAACUGGCUUAACACCAUCCAGGCCCCCUUCCUCUGGGUGCUGUUCGUGCUGGCCGCCCUCGAGAAUAUCUUUGUCCUCAGCAUCUUCUGCCUGCACAAGACCAGCUGCACGGUGGCCGAGAUCUACCUGGGCAACCUGGCUGUAGCGGACCUGAUCCUGGCCUGUGGGCUGCCCUUCUGGGCCAUCACCAUCGCCAACAACUUCGACUGGCUCUUUGGGGAGGUCCUCUGCCGCGUGGUGAACACCAUGCUCUACAUGAACCUCUACAGCAGCAUCUCCUUCCUCAUGCUGGUCAGCAUCGACCGCUACCUGGCCCUGGUGAAGACCAUGUCCAUGGGCCGGAUGCGCGGGGUGCGCUGGGCCAAGCUCUACAGCCUGGUGAUCUGGGGAUGCACGCUCCUCCUGAGCUCGCCCAUGCUGGCCUUCCGGACCAUGAAGGAGUAUCGGGACGAGGGCCACAACGUCACAGCCUGCGUCAUCAUCUACCCGUCCCGCACCUGGGAGGUGUUCACCAACAUCCUCCUGAACUUCGUGGGCUUCCUGUUGCCCUUGGCCGUCAUCACCUUCUGCACGGUGCAGAUCAUGCAGGUGCUCCGGAACAACGAGAUGCAGAAGUUCAAGGAGAUCCAGACGGAGAGGAAGGCCACGGUGCUGGUCCUGGCCGUGCUGCUGCUGUUCGUCGUCUGCUGGCUGCCCUUCCAGAUCAGCACCGUGCUGGACACGCUGUUGCGCCUGGACAUCCUGUCUGGCUGCUGGGAUGAGCACGUGGUCGACGUCUUCACGCAGAUCGCCUCCUACGUGGCCUACAGCAACAGCUGCCUCAACCCGCUGGUGUACGUGAUCGUGGGCAAGCGCUUCCGCAAGAAGUCCCGGGAGGUGUUCUGGGGACUGUGCCAGAAAGGGGGCUGCAUGCCGGAGCCCAACAAGAUGGAGAACUCCAUGGGCACGCUCCGGACCUCCAUCUCUGUGGAGCGCCAGAUUCACAAACUGCCAGACUGGGCGGGGAACAGCCAGUGAGGGGACGCCGCCUGGACCCCUGCUCCUAGGUGCUGGGACGGUGGGAGAGGGGUGCUUCAAGAUAUGUCCAGGAAGGAAUGGAAGACGUGCCACGGGUGUAACCUUGGGCAGGAAGUUGGUGUCUCUAGGAAAAGCCAGAAGCUUCAUGGCUGCCCUGCCCAAGCUGCGGCAAGCCAGGCCGGGAGGAUGGGGGGACCUCACAUAUGGCCAAGGGCUCCAUACACACGACAGUAUUAUUGUUCUCAUCUGCUGCCACCCCUGGGCCAGUCUGCACCCUCCGGGAGUGGGGGAGGCCUGGGGACAGGGAUAGGAGUGACUGAGCUUCCCUCCCAUGUGUGUCCCGCCCUGCCGCAGCACGGCAGCCCAGACCUUCAGGAGAGCGGCCCCCCAGCUCUGGUGCCAUGGCUGAGUGCACAGGCCAGACCUGGCUGGGGUUUUGCCUUAGGUCUCUCAAAUCUGUCGAGUUGGGACUCUGGAGGCUGAUGCUCAGGUUAAUGAAGGUUGAACUGUGGGGGAUCCCUGGUGAGAACCCAGAGACUAGGAUUCCAUCACUACCCCUGUCCAUGGACAAAGUGGUCUGUGCCAACAAAGAACUCAGUAAACACUUAGUAGUCACUUGCUGGCUGUGCAGCAUUGAGCCCCAAUGGUAAAAGGGAAGAAAAGGAGAAUAAUCUCUGCCUUGAAGGAACUUGCAAACUCAGAUGGGGAUGACUGAGCUCUAGCAACCACCAGAAGGCUGUUCUGCGACUGGACAUGGUCAAGCAAGGCCCUGUGGGGUAGUGCAGAGGCGAGGGGCGAGGAGCCGGCCACCCCCAGCCCAUAACGAGUGGCACAUCACCUUGUCCCUGCCUCUGUAAUAGCAGGGUGUUGUGAAGAUUUCAAGAGUCAACAGGCAUAGAGGUACUUCGAAGGAAGGAAAGGUGCUAUAUAAACGUGUGGCUUUCUUAUGCACACAGAACAGAAGUAAAUUUAUUGUAAAGACACAGCUUUGUCGCUCAUGGUUGUGUAAAGCACCCAUCAGUGUCAUCCACGCAGCAGGUGCUUGAUAAUGUUAACUACCUUCCACCCUUCCUUCCCAUACUCCGUCCCCGCCACCCCCACCCCAGCAUACACGCACAAGCAUUUCGGGGGCAGGCCACCCCGUUCAGGGUUUGUAUUCUGAUGAGCCAGAGAGAUGUCUGGGUGAGUGUACUCAGGGAGUCCCCAUGCUCCCACCCUCACUGGGGGUGGGCAGCUGUCGGGAGGAGCCCAGGCCUGCCUACCGUUGUCCCUGUCUCAGCCACCAAGGUCACCAAGCAGUAGUUUAUUUGAAGGUGGCCUCAUGGGGGCCCCUCCAGGGCAGCAGACCAAUGAUUUGGCAUAAAGGUCACUGGCCCCACAUCACUGGUCCUGGGACAGAGCUCCCCUAGAGGGCUGAGCGGCUCAUGGGUGCCAGCAGCAGCCCUAGGUCAGGAAGGCUGGCUUGGUCCGGGUGGGUGUGAACGGUGAGGAAGCCCUGGGGAGGGACCCACGUGAUGAGCAACAGAACAGCUGGUCCACUGUUGAACAGAGAAGGGAGAACGCCCUCGCCCUCCCGGAGAGGCCAGCAGCCAGCACUGCAGAGGGGACAGGGCUCAGUCCUCGCUGGGCGGGGCGGCGGUGGGCGGGGUGAUGCGUGGGGUGGGGCUCAGGCCCCAGGAAGCUGGACCAGCCUCCUUGGCCCGAGCCUUAGAAGACAGCCCUAUCCCCUAGCCCCAGGACCUCCCGGGAGGAUUCAUUUCUCUUUUCCCACAUUUCACAGUCUGCUUCCUGGGGCCAGCACCGUGCCAAGCUCCAUGGGGAGUUUGGAGAAUGCAACACCCAGGCUCUGACAUCAAGCGGCGGAGAACCAAGGCAGGGAGGGUCAGCUCAGUGGCCAUGGGUUUCAGGAGCUACCAGGAUAGUAAGGUACGCAGCACCGAGCGGCACUCAUUCGCUCAACAAAAUAAAUGGAUACUUUUAGAUGACUUUCUCUCGGGAAGAUGGAAACCCAAAAGGGGACUGGGAAAUUUGGGAUGGCAAACAGCUCAUGAAUCCUCAUCAAGCCAGCUCUAGAUUUUAAAACAAAAACGUUAAAAAGAUUCCCAGCCUUUGUUCCCCUGCCACACACACACCUCUCUGUCCCAGUACACAUACACACUUGUAGCUGGAGAAAGAAAACAGUUCAAUAAGAAGUAGCAAUGGUUUAGUAUUUAAAUGAAGUUACACAGGUGCACAUAUUGUGAAAUAAAAAAGAGGCUGUGCUUUGCUAAUGUGUACUGCUUGUCCACCAGCUGGCAUGCGAUGGUCUAAAGGUCUUCUCUGAGCAGAGCCGCAUCACAGCCCUGGGACCCUAAUGGUCACUCAGGGGUCCUCUCAUGGUCUGUGAAGCAAUCAGUCUGUGAGAGGGCAGCCACUCUGUGGGUUGUGUCGACACUGUGAUAAAGACCAUCUGUCCGGAGAAAGGCCCAAAGAGCUGUUACAUUGUAACGAGGGAGCAUUUCACAAACAAUGAGAAAUGGAUGAAAUGUGUAAACAUGUGUCUUUUCCAUAUAGCUUAAUAAAUGGACAAGGAUUUUUUUGCAGAGAUUUUUCAUUUGUUACAACUCCGAACCCCUGAGUGUUGUGAGGACAUUCCAACACUGCCUUGGGCAGAGGAAAGACAGGUCAUUAAUUCCACUCAACCUAUUUUAGGGCUUCUGUCCUUCAGAACGGUGGUGUCCGAGCUUCUGAUUGUGUAUCUUUCUAAGUAAAGGAAUUUUUACUACACAUACCCAAUAUGUAAACUUUCUAAUAUAUAUUAAAAUGUAGGCUUAAAAAUAUACUGAAUCAGAAAUGUAAGAAGAUUUAAGAGGGUUUGGUACUUUCCCCCUCCUACAUCCCUGCAGUGGUAACUCAUUACCAAGCUCCCAGCAGGUGCUGGUGGGACCCCAUGAGGACCUAGAUUCAUAGGGAUGGCAGUGAUUCAAUCACACAUGUAUGCAAUAUAUUUAUUGAGUACCUUCCAUUGGACCUCCCCUUCAAAUCAGGAGUGUCUUCUACAAUGUGUAGAUUAAGCAGUUGUCUAGCCGCUGUUCGCAUAAUCCCAGUGAUAGGGAACUCGUUAUCUACUUCAUUUGAGGGGACCUCUUCAUUUUUCAUGUAUUCAUUCACCCUCUGACUCAUUAAAGAAAACACGUAUUCUGUGUCUACAGAAAUG